CCCUGUGUCCUUCAACGGGCCACCUGCACUGACCUGUCUCUUUCUCCCUGUGUCCCCAGACCGUCACCAUGGGCCAGUGCCACUACAAUGAGACCGUCGGCUUCUUCUACAACAACAGCGGCAAGGAGCUCAGCCCUCACUGGCGGCGCAAGGAUGUGGUGGUGGUGGCCCUGGGGCUGACCGUCAGCGUGCUGGUCCUCCUGACCAACCUGCUGGUGAUCACAGCCAUCGCCUCCAACCGCCGCUUCCACCAGCCCAUCUACUACCUGCUUGGCAACCUGGCCGCGGCCGACCUCUUCGCCGGCGUGGCGUACCUCUUCCUCAUGUUCCACACUGGCCCGCGCACGGCCCGGCUCUCGCUCAAGGUCUGGUUCCUGCGGCAGGGGCUGUGCAUGGUACAUAUCUGUAAUUCCAGCCACUACUAGGGAGGCUAAGGCAGGAAGACCAGAAGUUCAAGGCCAGCUUGGGCAACUUAGUGAAAUCUUAUCUCAAAAAAAAGGGGACUGCCCCGAGGCCGCGUGGUCAUGCUCAUCCUGGGCGUGUGGGUGGCCGCCCUCGGCCUGGGGCUGCUGCCGGCCCACUCCUGGCACUGCCUCUGCGCCCUGGACCGCUGCUCACGCAUGGCACCCCUGCUGAGCCGCACCUACCUGGCCGUGUGGGCCCUGUCUAGCCUGCUGGUCUUCCUCCUCAUGGUCGCCGUCUACACCCGCAUUUUCUUCUACGUGAGGAGGCGGGUGCAGCGCAUGGCCGAGCACGUCAGCUGCCACCCCCACUACCGAGAGACCACACUCAGCCUGGUCAAGACCGUGGUCAUCAUCCUGGGGGCCUUCGUGGUCUGCUGGACGCCGGGCCAGGUGGUGCUGCUCCUGGACGGCCUGGACUGCAGGUCCUGCAACGUCCUCGCUGUGGAGAAGUACUUCCUGCUGUUGGCCGAGUUCAACUCCCUGGUCAACGCGGCCGUGUACUCCUGCCGGGACGCGGAGAUGCGCCGCACUUUCCGCCGCCUGCUGUGCUGCCUGUGCCUGCGCCGCUCAGCCCGGGAGCCUCCGCAGGCCCCGGCCUCGGCCCACAGCAGGGCCGGCGCGCGCCUCGAGCUUCUGGAGAACGGCCACACGCUCAUGGAUUCCACCACCCUGUAGCUGCCUUCCGCCCGAGAGGGACACCAGGCUGCACUCAGCGGCGACAGACUGCAAGAUGGACCGCACCUGGCCGCCUCCCAGACUCCGGGACUCGGAUGACCUCCUGAGCACCUGGGAGAGUCGGCAGGGCACAGAAAUCUGGCUCUCUUGGUCAUCUCAGGUUUUCGGGUCUUUUAAAGAAUACUCGGUUUGGGGUUUUUUUUUUUACUGCACAUCCUGGUAACUGCUGUGGACGAGUACCUCCUACUUGGUGCUGUGAAUGCUGUGGGUAGAAGACCUGAGGUCUGUUGGGGCCUGGUGGCGCACACCUGUCAUCCGGCACUCAGGAGGCUGAGGCAGGAGGAUCGAAGUAAGUUCAAGGCCAGCCUGGGCUACGUCUCCUGCUUCGUCUCCCUGUGCGACCGAAAACAAGGUGGGCCAUGGGAGAGCUGUGCCCUGAAGCAAGCUCUAGCAGAUGCACUGAGGGGCACCGACUGUGAGCAGGCGUAGGGAAGGCGGAACACAAGAAGUAAAGGCUUCCACUCCAAGGUCUCCCAAAAAGCAUGUGUUUGUCACCAACUCAGAGUUCCUGGCACUGUGAGGCCCAGCUCAGCAGGAAGCCUUAGCAGGGCCUCUGUCCUUGAUCCUCCGCCGGCUCCAGCUGGCUGUCACCGCCACAGCGUCUCUUUUCUUCCACCUCUGAGGUCCCCCACUUUGGAACCUGGAGUGAACCCCAGUCUCGAUACCUCUUGCCUCUGUGUGUCCUUUUUUUUCUGAAUCCGGAUUGUAUUUA